GUCCAGCUGAGAAGACCUUUGUUAUUUAGCAAACUGUGCGGGCAGUACAGCAGAACAUCAUGAAUGAGCGGUUGGAUGUCUUUGCCGAGGGAGCAGGACAGUCACAUAAUCACAGCAAAUGGACGACGGAGUUAAAAAGUUCAGAAAAUAUUUAUGAAAAUGAAGAAGAGAUCCACACUCUGGAGCCAAACAGAACUGGACCUGCACUCUCAGGUGCUGGAGAUGGAAAGAAGGGUUCCCGCAGAGCUGCUGCAGCGUUUCUGGGUCUGCUGUUCGUUCUCCUCCUGACUGGACUCAUAACUCUGGCUUUCCUGAACAACAAAGGCCACUCUGAGUGGAAAAAAGAGAUGGUCCUGUCACAGACCAGGUCCAACAAUCUGUCUAAAGAACUGUUCCAGCUCCAGAAAAGAUUUGAAGACAUGACCAAAGAGAGAAAUGAUCUUCAGAGAAAACUUCAAGAUCAUCAUGUCCAACUAGGGUGGGUGUUUUACAGCGGUAGUUUGUAUUACAUUUCAUCUCUGAAGAAAUCCUGGCAACAAAGCAGAGAUGACUGUCUGCAAAGAGGUGCAGACCUGGUGAUUAUCAACAGCAAAGAAGAACAGGAAUUCGCAAGACGUUUCCGGAAGCUCGUGUGGAUUGGACUGACUGACAACAAGACAGAGGGGACGUGGAAAUGGGUGGAUGGGACUCCACUGACCACAAGCUACUGGGCCCAAAAUGAGCCAAAUGGUGUUCAACACAGAGAUGAAGACUGCGCAGAAAUAAAGAUCUAUGAUUUGGAAAACAGCUGGAAUGAUGAAUCGUGCUCCCUUCAAAGAUUCUGGAUGUGUGAAAAGAAAAAGACUUGGUAACUCACAAGCCAAACCCACAAGACAAUGAUAUUGAAGACACAGAGCUUUGUUGCAUUUCCCACUUUCAGCUAAAAUGCAGUAUAGGGUCUCAUUAACAUACAUAGACUUGCACACAGUGCUUAAACUGCAUGAUUUAAGGUAUAUGUUGCAGACAUGCAAGUGUUCAUGAAGCAGCCAUAAAUAUUAUGCAACAAAGAGAAACAUGGUGAUAAGAGUGAGGGUCCAGUGAUGUAAGAAAUGAAGUAAGGUCUUUCCAGAGAGGUUUGGCUAGAGGGACAGUCAAGUAUACAUUUUCUUCAGAAAAUUGCUCCCCAGCUUAAUUUGUCUUUUUGUUACAUUUAUGCAUAAAGUACAAUAGGCUGAAUAUACUGCAGGUGGUUUUCUGCUGUUUGCAGACUACGAGCGUUUGUUAUCACUGAUUUGAAUAUUUCCAUAUAUCACUUUAUUUUAAAAAGCACGUAGUAGUUACAUUUUAUUCUGUUACCAAAAUUCAUAUGAGAUUUACAUUUUAUGUAUUUGAAUCAAACUUUUUGGGAUUGCUUGAUCAACUGCUUCCAUAUCCUUUUAUUUCAGUUAUGCCAAAAUAUGAUCUUAGUUUUGUUUCUCAGAGGAGUUUUGAUUUGAAAUAAAC